AUGGCGCUUUCUCAACUUACCUCAUGGCCUCCAUCUCAGUCAUCCGAUCAGAUCGAAAAACUGCAAGAUUUGGCCAUCACCUACGCUUUAGCCAAUUCACUUAUUCUCAAGCCAAUCAUACCAGCACCAGAUGGAGCCACCCAUGCUCCUUUCGCGCUUUUCCCUAGUCCUUUUCCUCGAAAUGAAUUUGAGAAAGCACUAAGAAUUCAAACAAGCUACAAUAAGCUAUAUGCACAAAUUGCUUCUAGUCCCAAAUUCUUACGCGAGUUGAUAGGAAAAUCAGUAUCAAAAGUAGAUCCUUUCAUUGGACGUUUAUACUCUAUAUGGGACCGGAUUGAUUCUAAAGGUCUUGGAUCAAAGAUUACACUAGGGAUCUUUAGGAGUGAUUAUUUACUUCAUCUAGAUCAUGAACAACAUCAGGAUCAAAACCCAGUGAUUAAGCAAGUCGAAUUUAACACUGUUAGUGUUAGUUUUGGUAGUUUGGGAACUAAAGUUUCAGGCUUACAUCGUUAUCUUACUACCACUACUGAUGCAUAUUCACAACUUCAACUACCUCAGCCGGUCAAUCAUGGAUUAUCGUCAUUGGCUGAAGGUUUAGCAGCCGCGCAUCGAGCAUACAUCUCUCUCUUUCAGCCCAAAGGAUCUAUCACCAUCUUAAUGAUCACCCAACCUAACGAACGGAACCUGUUUGAUCAAGCUCUGCUUGUUCACGCUCUUGCCGAAGAUAAAGAUAGAAUUCGGAUGGUCAGACUAUCAUGUCACGAAAUUCUUACUUCCACCGAGCUUGAUGAAUCGGACUCUACCCUUUAUUACCUCGAAAACGGCCGACGUACUGAGGUCUCUGUGGUAUACUAUCGAUGUAUGUAUGGACCUGAAGACUUUUUGAGUGAAGAUAACUGGAAUGGUCGGGAAAGGCUUGAAUCCUCAAGAUCUAUCAAUUGUCCGAAUCUUGCUACUCAACUCGCUGGAUGUAAGAAGAUUCAACAAGUACUUACCGAUCCGAAAACAUUGAAAGGUCAACUCGAGCUCGACGAUAUUUUGAGCAAGACAGAGCUAGAUGAACUACGGUCGACAUGGAUGCCAAUCUAUGCACUAGAUAAUCAUGCACUCAAACUGGCUUCUGAUCCCAUCACCGCUGCUCGUUUUGUUCUCAAACCUCAGCGUGAGGGUGGUGGUCACAAUAUAUAUGGCGAUCGGAUCCCUGAAUUCCUCAAGAAAUUAAGCACAGAAGAAAGGGAUGGUUACAUCUUGAUGCAACUUAUCCAAACUCCCAUAGGAAUUCGUAAUGUUCUUAUUCGUCCAGGACCAAGCGUAAACCGGGAGCCUGUGGAAGUGAUUUCGGAAUUAGGUGUUUUAGGUGUUUGUCUAUUUAAGACCGAUCAACAAGGUUCAAUGGAAGUGAUGUGGAAUACUGAAGCUGGUCAUUUAUUGCGUACCAAGAAUAGUGAGAGUGAUGAAGGAGGAGUAGCUGUUGGGAUAAGUUGUUUGGACUCUCCUUAUUUGGUUUGA